AUGUCAUCAAAAUCUCGAACUCAAACAGGGAAAGUUUUUAUACCACAGCAUUUGGCAUCGAAAAUACAAAAUCUCCUUGCUGAGAUGUCCCGAUCGGUAAAUCCAGAAAAAAAAUAUAAACCAAUAAUGGCGACACUAACAACAUCUGAGCGAAGUAAAACCAAGGUUAAUCUUAACAUAUGUCGACCAUUAAAUUCGUCUCACUCUAAUAGAAUAAUACCAAAAGAGACAUUAAAGCGUAACGAAGAUCUAGAAGACUUAAUCAUUGUUUGGCUUGAUCAACAUAUGAACGAAACAGAAAGCGAAUUCAUUACGAGAAAACGUGAUUUACGUCAAGUCAUUGAUUGUUUGAUAGCAUUCAAUGAUAUUGACAAAUGUUUUGCGUAUAUUAAAAGUAUCGAACAAGAAAAAAUAUUUUUCAUCGUAUCUGGAGCAUUGGGACGGAAUUUCAUGGAUGAUUUAAAUGAUUAUUCUCAAAUUAUUUUCAUAUAUUUUUAUUGCUCCAAUGAGAAUUAUUAUAGAAGUUGGAAAAAAAAUUAUAAAAAAGUUGUCGGUGCUUUUGCCACUGAACAUGAGCUAAUAACACAAAUAACCAGUGAUGUUUCAUCAUUUUUCCAGAAUAUUUUACCGAUCAGUGUUAUAAAUUCUAUUGACAUCACUGAAAAAUCAACGCGAGAUUUAACUAAAAGUCAAGCUCAAUUUAUGUGGUCUCAAAUUUUAAUGGAAAUACUACUUGAUCUACCUCAAACACCGGAAUCAAAACAAGACUUCAUUGACGAGUGCCGUCGACGAUAUAAAAACAAUGUUUCUCAACAAACCAAAAUUACUGAAUUCGAAAAAACUUAUAAACCUUCGAAUGCUCUUUCUUGGUAUGCAACCGACAGCUUUUUAUAUCGUAUUGUUAAUAAGGCGCUGCGUACACAAAAUAUAAUCUACAUUUUCAAAUGUAGAUUUUUUAUUAUCGACGUUUAUCAACAACUGAAAACAUUUUAUUCAGAAUUUAUUAAAAAUUUCAAAAAAAACACUUUCACCGUUUUUCGAGGACAAUCCAUGGCAGCUGACGAGUUUUCUAAACUGCAAAAAAAUAUCAAUGGAUUUAUUUCAAUUAAUUCAUUCUUUUCUACAAGUCUUUCAUCUGCAGUGAGCUUGCCCUACACCGGUGAAGGAAAACGUCGGCCUCUGUUUGAAUCAGUAUUAUUUGAAAUUGAACUUAAAUUGGAUAUAAACACGGUACCAUUCGCUGAUAUCGCCAAGGAAAGCCACAUGAAGUCUGAAAACGAAGUACUUCUUUGCAUGGGAGCUAUUUUUCGCAUAGAAUCCAUUGAUAAACGCUAUGAUGACUUAUGGCAUGUGAAAUUGAUUUCGGUCGAUAGAAAUGAUAAUUCAAAAUUAGCUGGUUUAAAAAACUAUUUAAAAAACGAAACGAACGAAACUCUAACUUGUUUAGCACUGGGAAAAAUUUUACAGAAGAUGGGAGAAUAUGACAAAGCGCAAGCUCUUUACGAAAUCUUAUUAGCCGAACUUCCAUCAAAUCAUCUCGAUAUAGCCGGACUUUAUAAUGAUUUCGGAAUGACUAUUUUCAAAACCCAGAAAGAUUCUAAGAUGGUACUGAGCUAUCUCAUUCAAUCUCUACAACUGCAAAUGAAAACAUUUCCAAAAUAUUUUCUGUGCUAUACACGAACAUUGAGUAAUAUUGCUUCGGUAUAUUGUGAACGUCGAAAUUUUAAACGAUCGUUAAGUUUACUUCAUGUUACUCUGCAAAUAUUAGAUUUGGAUGUUUCAACAAAUAACUCGAACGCAAUAGCAUCACAACGAUCAGAAAUCUGUAACAAUAUCGGCCAGAUUUAUUUUAAAUUAGGACAAUUAUCUUUAUCGUUGAAAUAUCUUAAAAUAUCGCUUAAAAUUGAGAGAAAAAUCUUGCCUGUCAAUCAUCCUGACAUUGCAUUAACAUUGAAUAAUAUUGGAACGAUUUAUUUGGGACGAUUAGAUUAUGAAAAGGCUGGGAAAUCCUUUGAAGAAGCAGUUGAAAUUGUAGAAGAAUGUUUAACACUCGAACAGCAUGCUGAUAUCGCACAACUAUAUAACAAUAUAGGACUCAUUGAAUAUAAUCGCGACAAUCUUGAUAAAGCACUCCUUUAUUAUGAUAAAGCACUCACACUUCAAUUGAAAUGUUUGCCAUCUAUUCAUUGGCAAACAGCUGCAGUGUACAAUAAUAUGGGCCAUAUCUUCUUUGAGAAAGUCGAAUAUAAAAUAGCAUUGAAAAUGUUUCAAAAAUCUUUAAAUAUUGGAGAACAAUGUCAGCCUUCGAAUCAUCCUGAAAUAAGUCAUAUACAUCAAAAUAUCGGUAAAGUUUAUCGUGCUUUAAAAGAUUAUCCCCGAGCGCUAAUUCAUUGUAUAAAUGCUGUGCAAAUCGGUCUUAAAUGUUUACCAUCAACAGAUUCCUACAUAGCAGAAGCAUAUCGAGGUCUUGCUCGAGUUUAUAAUGAUCUCGAGAAUUAUCCGGUGGCAAUGCAAAAUUUUCAAAAGGCUCUAGAUAUCUAUGUGAAAAAGCCACCAAUAGACAAAAAGUAUCUUGCUACCCUGUACGAAGACAUCGGUAUUGGAUACUAUAAUUCAAAACAAUACCAUGAUUCCUUGAAAAAUUUACAGAAAGCAGUGAAAAUAUUUCGGAAUUGCGAUUCAACCCAAUAUGAUGAAUGCGUUAACAAGGCACAAGAACUCAUUAAAGAGAUCAUGGGUCUACAAUCAAAUUAA